CCCCUGGUGUGUAAGCAGCGGCCCUCGGAGCCUCCAGGGAGACAGGACGCGCGCUUCGGACGCGCUGGAGCUGCAGAGAUCAGAGCGGGUCCCUGCUCCUAGCCGGGGACCGCGGAGCUCGCGUUUCUGCCGGUGCUUCGGGAUCUAGUCCAGCCGAAUCCCUGUCGGGCUGUAACUCGGAUGCCAGGUUUCUGUAUACGGAGUCUUCAGGACUAAUUUUGGUGGAAAGAGAUAGCAGGUGGUGCUAAUUCACUGUGUUGGUGGGAACUCUGGCUACACUGAAAAUUUUGAGAAAGUUAUCCUGUAAACCUACUCGACUCAGGUGCUUUUAUUUCUGAAGUUCUUUGUUUCAGCUGUGAGUUCAACAUGGAGGCAAACCAGUGCUCCCUGCUGGUGGAACCAUCUUACCCAGACCUGGUCAUCAAUGUAGGAGAAGUGACUCUUGGAGAAGAAAACAGAAAAAAGCUGCAGAAAAUUCAGAGACAACAAGAGAAGGAGCGAGUUCUCUGGGCUGCGUGUGCUUUAUUAAACUCAGGAGGAGGAGUGAUUCGGAUGGCCAAGAAGGAUGAGCAUCCCGUGGAGAUGGGGCAGGAUUUAGAACAGUCUUUGAGAGACCUUAUUCAGUCCUCAGAUUUCCAGGCUUUUUUUGAGACCAGGCAACAAGGAAGAUGUUUUUACAUUUUUGUUAAAUCUUGGAGCAGUGACCCAUUCCCUGAAGAUGGCUCUGUGAAGCCCCGCCUUUGCAGCCUCACUUCUUCAUUAUACUGUAGAUCUGAAACCUCUGUGCUUCUCAUGGAUUCAAGAGAAGCAUUCUAUUUCCUGAAGACCAAGAAAAAGAAUGCAAAAACCUUGGAAGAAGGACCUUGUCACAAAGUUCCCAAGGUUAUACACCAAGAGUUCCCUAAUACGCAUCCUGCUGACCCAGUUUUCCAAAAAGACUAUCUUGAAUAUGGUGAAAUCCUGCCUUUUCCUGAGUCUCAAUUAGUAGAGUUUAAACAGUUCUCUACAAAACACAUCCAAGAAUAUGUAAAAAGCAUAAUUCCAGAAUACAUCCCGGCAUUUGCAAACACCAGGGGAGGAUAUCUUUUUAUUGGAGUGGCUGAUAAGAGUAGGAAAGUCCUGGGAUGUGCAAAAGAAAAUGUCGAUCCUGACUCUUUGAGACGGAAAAUAGAAAAAGCAAUAUACAAAUUACCUUGUGUUCAUUUUUGCCAACGCCAAUGCCAGAUAAGCUUCACACUCAAAAUCGUGGAUGUGUUAGCUAGGGGAGAGCUAUAUGGCUAUGCUUGUAUGAUCAAAGUAGAGCCAUUCUGCUGUGCUGUGUUCUCAGAAGCUCCCAAGUCAUGGAUAGUGAAGGACAAGUGCAUCUGCAGCCUGACAACUGAGAAAUGGGUAGGGAUGAUGACAGACACAGAUCCAGAUAUUGUACAGUUGUCCAAAGAUUUUGAAUCUCAGCUGAGUCUAUCUGGUGGGCCUCCCCUUAGCAGACCAGUGUACUCCAAGAAAGGUCUGGAACAUAAAAAGGAACUCCAGCAACUCUUAUUUUCAGUCCCACUGAGACAUUUGCGAUAUACUCCAGAGUCCCUCUGGAAGGACCUAACCUCACAGCAUGAAGGACUAGAGGAGUUAAUAAAUGAGCAGAUGCAACCUUUCUUUCGGGGAAUUUUGAUCUUCUCUAGAAGCUGGGCCGUGGACCUGAACUUGCAGGAGAAGCCGGGAGUCAUCUGUGAUGCUCUGCUGAUAGCACAGAACAGCACCCCCAUUCUCUACACCAUUCUCAGGGAGCAGGAUACAGAGGGCCAGGACUACUGCACUCACACCGCCUUUACUUUGAAGCAGAACCUGGUGAACGUCGGGGGCUACACCGGGAAGGUACAUGUCAGGGCUAAGGUCCUCUGCCUGAGUCCUGAGAGCAGCACAGAGGCUGUGGAGACGACAGUGUCUCCGAUGCAUUACCCGCCGUCCUAUCGCCUGGCGGGCACCCAGCACAUGGAAGCCCUGCUGCAGUCCCUUGUGAUUGUCUUGCUCGGCUUCAGGUCUCUCUUGAGUGACCAGCUUGGCUGUGAGGUUUUAAAUCUGCUCACAGCCCAGCAGUAUGAGAUCUUCUCCAAAAACCUCCGCAGGAACAGGGAAUUGUUUGUCCAUGGUUUGCCUGGCUCAGGGAAGACCAUCAUGGCCAUGAAGAUCAUGGAGAAGAUCAGGAAUGUGUUUCACUGUGAGGAACAGAGAAUUCUUUACGUUUGUGAGAACCAGCCUCUGAGGAACUUCAUCAGUAAUAGAAAGAUCUGCCAAGCAGUGACUCGGAAAACAUUCCUGAAAAAUAACUUUGAGCACAUUCAACACAUCAUCAUUGACGAAGCUCAGAAUUUCCGCACUGAAGAUGGGGACUGGUAUGGGAAGGCAAAAACCAUCACUCAGAGAGCAAAGAAUGGCCCAGGAAUUCUCUGGAUCUUUCUGGACUACUUUCAGACCAGCCACUUGGAUCACAGUGGCCUUCUCCCUCUCUCAGAACAGUAUCCAAGAGAAGAGCUCACUAGAAUAGUUCGCAAUGCAGAUCCAAUAGCCAAGUACUUACAAAAAGAAAUGCAAGUAAUUAGAAAUAAUCCUUCAUUUAACAUCCCUCCUGGGUCCCUUGAGGUACUUCUUGAAGCUGAAUGGUCCCAGGGGGUUCAGGGAAACUUAAAAAUUGAGAAUCACUUUACUGUAGAGCAAAUAGUGACCUAUGUGGCAAACAAAUGCAAGCACUUCUUUGAAAGGGGCUAUUCUCCUAAGGAUGUUGCUGUGCUUGUCAGCACCACAAGAGAAGUGGAGCGCUAUAAGUAUGAACUUUUGGAAGCACUGAGGAAGAAAAGGGCUGUGCAGCUCAGUGAUGCCUGUGACAUAUUGAGUGAUCACAUCAUGUUGGACAGUGUCCGGCGAUUCUCAGGCCUGGAAAGGAACAUAGUGUUUGGGAUUCAUCCAAGGACAGCUGAAUUACCUCUCUUACACAAUAUUCUGGUCUGUCUGGCUUCCAGGGCAAAACAACAUCUAUAUAUUUUUCUGUGUGGAGACUGUUAAGAACUCCAAACCAAAAUGAGAUGAGGCAAUUGCCAUGUCAUGUCUGUGGUUGACAGUCCGCGAAUGGUGAAAUGUCUUCCUUUUAGUUAACAGGUCAGCUAGAGACUUGGGUCAAGCUGACAUACAGAGUUUGGAACUCCCUCAUCUCAAACACUUCUUUCAGAGCUUCCUUCUUCAACUAUUUCCAGUGGCUAUGGUUGACCCCCUUUCUGUCCCCUGACUCUUCCAGCCGGAAAAACUGGUUUUCUUUUUUUUUUUUUCUUAUUGCAUUUUA